GGGCUGCGUGACACGGCGAGGCGGGGCGGGAGGGUGCCCGGGUAGCCCCGGCAGCCCCGGCCCCAGCAGGACUUCGUCCUCGCCUUUCGUCGGGUUGCCGCCGUCCCCUGGAUUUGGGUUCCUUCCGCGGUGCUCCGUGCCACGCUCAGCCCCGAUUUUCUCCUCCCGCGGGAGCAGAGCGGGGACGUGGCGGCUCGAUGCAGCGCCGGGGCUGGUAACCAAGCCGCAGCCCGUGGCCUCUUUUAAUUCCUAUUUCUGUUUGUGUUUUUAGCUCUAUUUUUAACCCUAUUCCUGUUUUGCAUUUCCAUUUUCCUCUCCCGUUUUCAUUCCUAUUUCUAUCCCCGUUUUCUCUUUCCGUUCGUAUUUCUACUCCUGCUCCUGUCCCCGUCUCUCCCCCCGGCCAUGGCUCCCGCCCCUCGCGAGCAAUAGCCCCCAGCAUCCGACCCCCGAAGUCUGAGCUGUCUCCGAGCCGUGGGACGCGAUGGGGCCGCUGUGGGCGCUGCGCGUGGCCGGGGCGCUGAGCGUGGCCGGGGCGCUGGCGGGGCACGGCGGGUCCCAGCGCUCGGGGCCGCCGGCGGCUCUGGACGCGGGGACCCGGGGUGACGGCGCGGGACACGACCGGGGCGUGGACUGCCGGGAGGUGCGGAAGCGCAACAGCUCCGAGCGGUGCCGCUUCGUGCGCGGCACCCCGGACUGCCGCCUGGACGACGGUUUCCUCGACUACCUCGGCGGAGCGUUCUGCGCCUUCCCCGCCGCGCUGCUCCCGCUGCCCGUCGGCCUCUACGUGCUUUGGCUCCUCUACCUCUUCGUCAUACUCGGCGUGACGGCAGAGAAGUUCUUCUGCCCCAACCUGUCGGCCAUCUCCACCACCCUGAAGCUGUCCCACAACGUGGCAGGUGUCACCUUCCUGGCCUUUGGCAAUGGGGCCCCGGAUGUCUUCAGUGCUGUGGUGGCAUUCUCCGACCCGCGCACGGCUGGGCUAGCGGUUGGGGCCGUCUUUGGCGCCGGCAUCUUCGUGACCACGGUGGUGGCUGGUGGCAUCGCCCUGGUGAAGCCCUUUGCAGCAGCCUCCAGGCCCUUCCUCCGGGACGUCAUCUUCUACAUGGUGGCCGUCUUCCUCACCUUCCUGAUCCUCUACUUUGGCCACAUCACACUGGGGGAGGCUCUAGGGUACCUGGGGCUCUAUGUCUUCUAUGUCUUCACUGUGGUGCUGUGCACCUGGAUUCAUCGCUGGCAGCGCGGGGAUGGACCGUCCCAACCUGGGCCGUGGGAGCCAGGGUGGGCUGUGAGGCCGUCUCAAGCGGUGGACUGGGUGCAGGGAGUCUUGCGGAGCACAGCCCUGUGGCCCUACGCAGGUGAUGAGUAUCGACCCCUGCUACCCCACCACGAUUCCUCGCUGCACAUACUUGGCACUGCACUCAAUCCCCUGGACAAGCAAAAGUGGAGGAGGAAGCCCUGGUACUGGCGGCUCUUCAAAGUGCUCAAGGUCCCUGUGGAGCUGGUACUGCUGCUCACUGUGCCUGUGGUGGACCCCGACAAGGACGACUUGAACUGGAAGAGACCCCUCAACUGCCUGCACAUCAUCACUGGGCCCCUGCUCUGCAUCCUCACCCUCAAUUCGGGGGCCUAUGGGCUGUACCAGAUCCAGGGCGUCUUCCCGGUCUGGGCGCUGGUUGCACUGGCUAGCUCCGUCCUGGCCAUCAUCAUCUUUGUGACCACACGCAAUGAAGAGCCACCCAAAUACCACUGUGUAUUUGCCUUCCUCGGGUUCCUGGUCAGCGCUAUGUGGAUCAAUGCAGCAGCCACAGAGCUGGUGAACAUCCUGCGGACCCUGGGCAUCAUCUUUGACCUGAGUAACACUGUGCUGGGCCUGACCCUGCUGGCCUGGGGCAACAGCAUUGGAGACACCUUCUCUGACCUCACCAUGGCACGGCAGGGCUACCCCCGCAUGGCCUUCUCUGCCUGCUUUGGAGGCAUCAUCUUCAAUAUUCUGGUGGGCGUGGGGCUGGGCUGCCUGCUGCAGAUGACCAGCAGCCAGAUGGCAGUGAAGCUGGAGCCUGACAGCCUGCUGGUGUGGAUCUUGGCUGGGGCCCUGGGACUAAGCCUGGUGUUCUCCUUCGUGGUGGUACCGGCACAGUGCUUCCAGCUGGGCAGGGCAUACGGCACCUGCCUCAUCCUCUACUACUUGGCCUUUCUCUGUGUGGCCCUGCUCACUGAAUUCCAGGUGAUCCACCUGGUUCCCACCUGAGCACUGCAGGUCCAAGUCCCUGCCCUGCUGCAGCCUGCUGGGCCACACAUUUGCUCUCCGGAGAGAAAGCUGGUUGUGUUUUGGGAAAGACAGAGCAUUUGUUAAGCACUAGCCAUCUCCUCGCUCCGCUCUGUUGAACUUCAUUUAACUUGGGGCGUCUCUGAACAAGGAUGAGGUUAAAGGCUUGGUUGGCUGCUGCCUCAGGGCAUAGGGCUGGAGCAGCUGCAGGGGAGCAUGCGCUAAGACACCCCUUCACCUCUCCAUCUGGGAUCCUCUGGGGCUGGCAGCCAUGCGCUAUGGGGAAACUGGAAAGUAAAGGCUUGAGUGCAAAUUUGGGAAUGCCUGUCAUUGCAAGGGGCAGCAAGCUGUCAGUGGGUGAAUUGAAAGAGCAAGCGGAGGUGUUAAGGUGAGGCAAAGCACCAGAGCAGUUCUGAGGCUUAAUGCACACAAAGUGUUAAUGAGCCCAUGGAAGCCUCCUUUCUCCUGCUGCUUUUUUUUUUUUUUUAAAAGCAAUAUUUUUCAAUCUGAAUCUCAGAGGGUGCACAGAGCUGUAGCAAAGGACUUGAUAUGCAGAGGCUCCCAUGUGCCCAAUCGCCUCUGGCAAAACUAGGCUAAGACACUGUAAGAAUGGACAACUUGCAAUUAAAAACUACACAGCUUCCACUGGUGUGUUUGCUGUGAGGCAGGGUGUGCUGGGCUGGGCUGCAGGGAAGACCGGGGGCUGCUCGUGGUGAGGCAGAGGCCAUGCAGCACCGCUUGAGGCCACAGCUUCCUCUGGGGUCACUGCCUGCACGUUUCCCAACAGCAGUCACAUGCAGCUGAAGCUGCUGUCACAGCAGCACAGUGCACGGGUCAGCACUGACUGCAGCCAUUGGGCCUGAUGCAGGCAUGUACUGCUGUGGUUAGCCCAGUGCUGCUCUGUGGGGACAGAGGGCAGUUGCACAAGCAGCACUCUGCUGCUGUCAGCUUUCAGGCUCUCCUAGCCUGCUGCUCUUCCCUUCUGGGCCCAGAUCAUUCCUCUGUUCUCUGGCUGGAUAAGUGCUUUCACAAGAAUUCAGGUGCUGUUUGUUGGCUGCUAUUGGUUUUGCCAUGGAUUUACCAGAGCCAGACCCAGCUUCCAACAAGCACCACUCAGCACAGAUACUGAGGUGAAGGAGCAACAGCUUCUGCAGCCCCUCCUGUCCCUUGGAGGUAGCUAUAAAAACAAAACGCACGUUUGAGAGUAAGGUGGUAACAGAGAGAAAAACUGGCAGGGGCACAGAAAGAAGCUGGGCUGUGAGCUGGCAAGGGCCAGGAGCAAGAGUUUGUGCAUGUGACAAGUGCUGCAAGCAGUUGCCACUGGAGAGAGAGAGCGGGCACAGUUUCUUUCCAAAGGAUGUGGCAAUCUGUAAACUGAAACUGAGCUUCUGAAACAGCGGGCAGGAAGAAAGCAAGCUGCUGCCUCUACAAAGCUGAGGAUGCUCUUUAUUAGUGUGCUUGAAAAAUCUAGAGAAUAUUUUACAGACAUGUCCAUAAAAUUAUAUUUAUAAACAAAACACCAGCAUACAAAACCCCCUGGUGUUCCUCCUUCAUUCCCUGCAAAAUGAUUGUCGUUAGUCCGUGGGUAAGGUGGGGAGGAAGAGUAAAUAGUCGGGGAGGCCCCAUACUCAAACUUCUUUUCUUACUUCUUUUCCUUCCAAAAAAAGUAAACUUCUGUGAUCUUCCUUGCUUAAAAAAUAAUACAUUGUGUACAUGGGGGCAAACCCACAUCUUAGUAUAAAAAACAGAAAAGCAGCACCUGAGCCCCAUAGCCCAGUCCAAGGGCUUCAGUGCUGCUCCCCACACCAGAGCCCUUCUCCCACAUGUGAGUAGGUCAGUGCCUCUGCAGCACAGCGUAAAGCUGCAGCUCCAGAACAGGUCAGUGACAGCCCUGCCACGGUGACACAGACUUUAAACAAAGCCACAUUUCCUUUUCUAACCUUCACAACGCCCACCCUGCCCAUAGCUUGGGAAACAUCGCCCCCAGCCCCAGGAUGAACACAGGUAAGUCUUCCAGUCUGCAGUCCCACACAGAGCAACUGCAAGACAAAUGCUGCACUGCUCAUUAAUUUGUGGUCAAAUUUAUGGUUUGGAAAAUAGCCCUUUAAGGUCCUUCACGGUUCAGCUCAGAAUUACUUUCAUACCACUUGCAGAGCCCAGAAGGGAAACAAAGAGCUGCCCUGAGGCACCCAGCGAACGCAGCUGUUCAGAGGUGAGGAGCACACAUCAUGUUGCCUGCCUCUGAAAAUCUCAUCUUUUCCAAAAAAUGUACUUGGGAUGUGCGCCCAUUCCCUACAUCCCACCACCCCAUUCACCCAAAGGAAGGGGAAAGCCUCCCAUCCCUGCCAUAUCCACUGUAAUCUGAACCUGAGAAAAAAAUCAAACAGCAAGAGGUAUGGUGAACCUCCACGCUGACAACGUUCACUCUCAGCACUUUCUGUGGUGACAGGAUAAGAAAGGAACUUGGAGACAGGCUGUCACCGCUUUGCAGUAAUGAAACACAAGAGAUGAAGCAACCUGCCACAAUCCCAGAGUUUACGUGUCAGAGCUGGCCAAGGAGCCUUUUUCCCCUCCCUCGUCCUCUCCCAGCUG